ACUUUCUAUUCAACCCUUGGUGGUAUUAUUGUUAUAUUAAUAUUUUUAUGAAAAUUAAUAUUAUCACACACUCUAUAGAAACAUACACACAAUCACACACCGUACACACUCUCUGUUUGAUCUAUCUACAUGAACUUUACCUGUUCUGGAGGAGUUAACUAGAGGACGGAGGAUCUGGUGAUACUAACCCAGUGGAGAAGAUCUGGUGAGUUCAGCCUGUAGAAGAUCAGCGGUGGAGAUGAGGAGUGGGUGAGAUGGAGAACCGUCAGAACCGUCCACGACUCAGCCCAAUGGAGCCGGGCUCGCUUCGGUACUGCCUCCUCCUCCUGCUGCUGCUGCUGCUUCUCACCGCGCUGGAGAUCAGGACCGGAGAAGCCCAGGCAGUUUGUCCCGGCACUGACAACAAGCUCAGCACCCUGUCGGAUCUGGACCAGCAGUACCACACUCUGCGCAAGUUCUACGAGAACUGUGAGGUGGUGAUGGGUAAUCUGGAGAUCACCAGCAUCGAACGGAACCGCAACCUCAACUUCCUCAAGUCGAUCAGAGAGGUGACCGGCUACGUUCUGGUGGCUCUGAAUCAGUUUGAUUAUCUUCCUCUGGAGAAUCUGAGAAUCAUCCGCGGCACCAAACUCUACGAAGGUCGAUACGCUCUGGCCAUCUUCCUCAACUACAGACGAGACGGAUACUUCGGCCUCCGGCAGCUCGGCCUCAAGAACCUCACCGAAAUUCUGAAUGGUGGGGUUUACGUGGAUCAGAAUAAGUUCCUGUGUCAUGUGGACACCAUCCACUGGCAGGACAUCGUAUAUAACCCUCGAGCUGAACUGCUGGUGGUCCCGUCCAACAACAGCGGAAACUCAUGUCGGAGAUGUCACCGGUCCUGUAACGGACGCUGUUGGGGUCACCAAGAGGAUCAGUGCCAAAGCUUAACGAAGAUGGUGUGUGCUGAGCAGUGUGACGGGCGCUGUUUCGGCCCGUACGUCAGUGACUGCUGCCACAGGGAGUGUGCCGGGGGAUGCUCCGGACCCAAAGACACCGACUGCUUUGCUUGCACCAACUUCAACGACAGCGGCGCUUGUGUUACUCAGUGUCCUCAACCUUUCGUCUACAACCCGACCAGCUUCCAGCUGGAGCACAACCCUAAAGCCAAGUACACCUACGGAGCUUUCUGCGUCAAGAAGUGCCCACAUAACUUUGUGGUGGACCAGAGCUCCUGUGUUCGAGCCUGCCCCAGCAACAAGAUGGAGGUAGAAGAGAACCAGGUCAAAAUGUGCAUCCCCUGCACUGAUAUCUGCCCUAAAGUGUGUGAUGGAAUAGGAACAGGAAGUUUACAGAUGGCUCAGACCGUGGACUCCAGCAACAUCCACAAGUUCGUCAACUGCACCAAGAUCAACGGCAACCUGAUCUUCCUCAUCACCGGGAUCAAAGGAGACAUGUACCACGGAAUCGCAGCUCUGGACCCGGAGCGCCUGAACGUCUUCAGAACCGUCAGAGAGAUCACAGGCUUCUUGAACAUCCAGUCGUGGCCGGAGAACAUGACCAACUUCGGGGUCUUUUCCAACCUUGCGACCAUCGGGGGGAGAUCACUGUACAGUGGAAUUUCGCUGUUGAUCUUGAAGCUCCGCUGGAUCAUCUCCCUCCAGUUCCAGUCCCUGCAGGAGAUCAGCGCCGGCAACGUCUACAUCACCAACAACAGCCAGCUGUGCUACUACAACACCGUCAACUGGACCGGGCUGUUCCGCACUCGCGGCCAGAGAGCCGUCAUCAAGAGCAACAAGGACCUGCGAGAGUGCUCUCAGCUGCAGAUGGUGUGUGAUAAGCUGUGUUCUGAAGAAGGAUGCUGGGGUUCUGGUCCAGAUCAGUGCCUGUCCUGCAAGUUCUACAGCCGGGGGAAAACCUGUGUGAAGUCCUGUAACCUCUACAGUGGAGAUGUUCGGGAGUUUGCUAACGGUUCAGUGUGUGUGGAGUGUGACGGCCAGUGUGAGAAGACUGGAGACAGAACCGUGACCUGCCACGGCCCGGGUCCAGAUCAGUGUACGAAGUGUCUCCAUCUGAAGGACGGUCCAAACUGUGUGGAGAAAUGUCCUGACGGGCUUCAGGGAGCCACCAGCUUCAUCUUCAAAUACGCCGAAUCCAACAACGAGUGCCACCCCUGCCACCCCAACUGCACCCAGGGAUGCACUGGACCCCGCAUUCAAGACUGCAUUGGACUACUGGACAGGACCCCUCUGAUAGUCGCCGGGACGAUCGGUGGGCUGUUUGUGGUGGUCAUCAUAGCUCUGGGGUUUGCCAUUUUUGCCCGCCGCAAAAGCAUCAAGAAGAAAAGGUGUCUGCGGCGCUUCCUGGAGACCGAGUUGGUGGAGCCUCUAACUCCCAGUGGAAUGGCACCCAAUCAGGCUCAGCUGAGGAUCCUGAAGGAGACGGAGCUGAAGAGGGUGAAGAUUCUGGGAACUGGAGCUUUUGGAACUGUGUAUAAGGGUAUCUGGGUUCCAGAGGGGGAGAGCGUGAAGAUCCCAGUGGCCGUAAAGAUCCUGAGUGAAACUACAGGACCCAAAGCCAGCGUGGAGUUUAUGGACGAGGCGCUGAUCAUGGCCAGCAUGGAGCACCCUCACCUGGUGCGUCUGCUGGGGGUGUGUCUGAGCCCCACCAUCCAGCUGGUGACCCAGUUGAUGCCCCACGGCUGCCUGCUGGACUACGUCCACGAACACAAGGACAACAUCGGCUCCCAGCUGCUGCUCAACUGGUGUGUUCAGAUCGCAAAGGGGAUGAUGUACUUGGAGGAGAGACGGCUGGUUCACAGGGACUUGGCAGCCCGUAAUGUUUUGGUCAAAUCCCCCAACCACAUCAAGAUCACUGACUUCGGCUUGGCUCGCCUGCUGGACACUAAUGAGAAAGAGUACAACGCUGAUGGAGGGAAGAUGGCCAUUAAGUGGAUGGCACUGGAGUGCAUUCACUACAGAAAGUUCACCCACCAGAGUGACGUCUGGAGCUAUGGAGUAACCAUCUGGGAGUUGAUGACAUUUGGAGGGAAGCCAUAUGAUGGAAUUCCUCCCUGCGAGAUUCCGGAAAUCCUGGAGAAAGGAGAACGUCUGCCUCAGCCGCCCAUUUGCACCAUAGACGUCUACAUGGUCAUGGUUAAAUGUUGGAUGAUCGAUGCUGACAGCAGACCCAGGUUUAAAGAGCUGGUGGCAGAAUUCUGCAGGAUGGCCAGAGACCCUCAGCGGUACCUCGUCAUCCAGGGGGACGACUGCAUGAAGCUGCCCAGUCCAAACCACAGCAAAUUCUUCCAGAGUCUUCAGGACGAGGACGACCUGAGGGACCUGAUGGACAUUGAGGAGUAUCUGGUACCUCACCCAUCCCGAGCUCAACCCGACUCUAAACAGGGUCAGUGCUGUCAUCAUGAAGGGGUUUUCAGCCCUCAGGAAGUUUCUGGGCUCCAUUCCCGCCUGGCCUCCUCCUCCAGCUCCACCUCAGCAGGGACCCAGCGGGGGUCUCUGGUCCCUCAGGAGGAGAAGCUCUGUAAUGGGAGUCUGAAGAUGCAGAGCGGCGCUGGCUUUGUGGAGGACGUUAGCGCUCAGCGCUACAGCGCCAACCCCACCGUGUUCCUGCCACAGAUAACACAGAGGGGGGGCACUGAUAAGGACGGAUACAUGGCCCCCCGCAAAGAUAAAAGUUCCUCAGACCGACUGAAUCCAGUUGAGGAGAAUCCCUUCGUCACGCGACGAACAAACGGCGAAAUUCACGCGCUGGACAACCCAGGUUACCACAGUACCCCUGAUGGACACCCUAAGAUUGACGAGCCGUAUUUUAACGAACCCCUUUACCUCAACACAUUCCACAACAAAGCCAACGUCAACCAAGCAGCACUGAAGAAGAAUUCAGUGGGAGGAGUUUCCAGCCCACUGGAGAUGGGAACUACCACAACCAGCACAUCCACCAGCAGCCACGUGCCGCUCACCACCACCCAAUCCAUGAGAGUCCAUCACCACAGCCAGGGAGCACAUGUACACUUCGCAAUUCCACCAGUCCAACCUCCUCAAAGUGGACUGUUGAGUCAAAACGGCCACAGCCACGCCCACUUAGCCCAAACCAUCCACACUAAACAUCCCGGCAAAUCCCAGCAAGGCCAUCAUUCUCCUCACCAUUCCAGUCAGAUCUGCCACCUCAACCAGCAGCUCCAACCCAGCCUCGCGGAUCAGCAGGUCCACCUGGCGAAGUCCCUCAUCUCUGGUAAAAGCAGUCUCCCAGGUCACCCCGCCCACUCAGGCAGCGUAUCCCAACCAGGUCCAACUGGAACCAUCAUGCUCAGCAAGAAGUACUGGAAGACCUUCGACAACCCCGAGUACUGGCAGCACAGCCUCCCCCUCAAAGCCUCCUCCCAGGAGAACCCUCUCAAAGACUCGUCUCAGAGCUGCAACGCUACCAGCCUCUACAAACAAACCCUCUACAAGCAGAACGGCCGCGUACGCUCCACCGUGGUCGACAACCCGGAGUACCUGUCCGAGCUGGAGGCCAUGAAGCCCGGCCAAGUUCUUCCACCACCUCCAUACCGGCAGAGGAACACUGUAGUCUAACAUCCCGGUCUACGUAUUCAACAGAGCCUGAUUCUUCAACCAGCACCUUAACCCUCCAUCCUUUCCUAUCACACAUUCACGUACGCACCGAAAUGGACAAACCCAACCUGGCCAAUCGGCCAGUUUUCCACUGCAGGAACAGAUGGUUAAUACAGCCAUGCCGUACCUUUCUUCACAACUGGUUACAAUUUCUUCUUCCAUUUGCUAAAUAAUAAAAUAAUCCUUAAAUAAACACAAAUAAACCAAUAAAUAAAAACAAAAAGCCCAAGCAACACAGCCUCCCAACCUCCCACAAAGCAAGGAAGCAAGGAAGAGUGAGUUAGAGGAAGGUAGAGUGAAACAGAGCAAGGUAGAACAAAGUAUAGCAAGGUAGAGUGAGGCUGAGAUGAGGUA